AUGUCCGGGGCGGUUCUGCUGGUGGCGGCCGCCGGGGUCGUCGUCGUCCUGGCCUUCCUGCUGCUGCUCUACAUAGUGCUGCCCGUAAGCAGCCCGAAGACCAUGCCGCUGUCUGGCGCCCACGUCGUGGUGAGAGCCCAGCCGAGGUUUCCUGGGGCGGUUUGUGGGGAGGAGGGCAGCGGGUAAAGAAAUGCGACAUCCUCCUGCCCUUCGAAACCUUUAUUUCCAUACGUUGAUCUGUGUAUCUCAGUGUAGAGGGAAAUAGCAGCUCCCCCCCCCCCCACAAAAAAACCCCUCUUCCCCUUUCAAACUGCGCAAGCAAAAUUAACACCGUUGCUGAGGAGAGAUGUUGUCUCCUCCCCCCCCCCCCCGCCGCCAAAAAGGGGAAAAAAGGGGAUUCAGGGAUGUAGCGCUUGACUAGUAAUUAGAAAAGGGUGUGGAAGGUCUGGGUUAUGUUUAGCCUGAAGCAAAAGACGUGAUUUUUUUGUUUGUUUGUGGGGGAGUGCCAUUGUUUACAAUUAGGGAAUAUUAGGAACGAGCUGGGUUAUCUUUUAGAUUUCCCCUUCCUGUCUAUAGAUGCUCCUGUUUAGAAGCAGACUAGUUGCACCCAAAAAAAAUUUUAAAAAAAAUCGUUAAAUAAGAUCUUCCUCUCUUUCAUAUAUCUGUUUUAUCUCCUGGGAAAAGAAAUGUGGGCUGGAAAUCUUGAAUUAAACAAGGCGUAAUCUCAAUUUAUGGGUUUAGUAGUGUGUGCUGCAAACUGAAUGACAUUUUAAAAAAGAAAAGAAAGAAUGCUACUGCUUGGAAUCAGUACCAUAUACUCAUAGAGUUGGAAGGGACCUCUGAGGAUCAUCUAGUUCAACCCCCUGCAUUGCAGAAAUAUGCACCCAUACAGGGGUUGAACCCAUGACCUUGGUCUGAGCUAUACUAGUUGGUCUUAAGGUAGGGGGUGGGGAACCUGUGGCCCACACUCCAGCAUCAUGUGGAGGGGCACUGGUUCCUCUUUCCUGCCUUAAAGGGACACAAUCACAUACAAAAUUGUGCUGAUUGUCUUAAUGUGUUAUUCUCAGUACUGCCUACUAACAAAAGGAGGUGGAAUUCGGGAGUUUACAAUAUAGAUAUUAUCUCUGUUGAGAGAAUAGAGGAUUAAGAACCUGUAGCUCCUGGGUUACGGUUUCCGAUGGCCAUGCUGGAAGAGGCUGAUGAAAGCUAAAGUCCAGCAGCAUUUGGAGGGCCACAGAUACAGAUGUCCACCCUAAUGUAGUUGAAAGUCUGCGUUCAAGCCAAUUCAUCCCCCCAGUAGUUGCUCUUAGUUGUGCCCUGUGCCCCUUUGGCCACCAUAGAAUACGGUACAUUUUAUUACAUUAGACCAUAGCACUGCAAAGCAAGAUAGCAAAAUUUAAACUAGAUUACAGAAGUUACAGAAGUUACCUAAAUUAUAUUUUUAUAUUCUCCUCCUUUAAAGUGGAGAGGAUCCAAGGGGAGCUUGCCACCAUAAUUCAUACCCCGUACAGAUAUGUAAGCUGGUACCUUCUCUGGACAGUAGAGAAGUGGAUACAUGUCACUUCACAGCAAUCACAUACCUAAAAUGAAGCUCUAUAUGUGAAGCAUGAUUUGUACUAUUUAUUUUAAGAGGAACAAUUCCAUGAGUAGACAAAUGACAUCCUGUUAUGAAGAUGGAGACAUGUGCAGAGAUUCUUGAUGUUGGAGCAAUUGCUUAAUCUGAGUCAAAUUCAUUAUUGGUUCUUUGUUUAUAAUCUGCACAAAUGAUGGUGUGAAGCAUGUUGUUCAUGAAACUUAUGUAAAUGACAUAAAUAGUGGACUUACAGCCAAGCAAUUUAAACAUUUUAUAGCAGGUCUUCGCCAUUUUAGGUUUGACUGUGUCUGGAUGCUUAACUGAAUUUCUCCUUUCUUGUGCCUAUCUUUUUAUUUUCUCUUUUUCUGAGGAAUUUUGUUCCAUGUGUGCAAUGGAAGAAUCUGGUGUCAGGAGAAUGUUGUCUUUGCUAAAUUGAAGAAUAGGGAUUCUGAGUUGACCUUUGCCACUUACUGGUAUGCAUAUAAAGUAUUGACAUGGAGUUAUUACAUAAGUAAGCUAAUAAAGAGGGACGUGGGUGGCCCUGUGGGUUAAACCACAGAGCCUAGAACUUGCCGAUCAGAAGGUUGGCAGUUCGAAUCCCCGCGAUGGGGUGAGCUCCCGUUGCUCAGUCCCUGCUCCUGCCAACCUAGCAGUUCGAAAGCACGUUGAAGUGCAAGUAGAUAAAUAGGUACCGCUCCAGCGGGAAGGUAAACGGCAUUUCUGUGCGCUGCUCUGGUUCGCCAGAACCGGCUUAGUCAUGCUGGCCACAUGACCCGGAAGCUGUACGCCGGCUCCCUCGGCCAAUAAAACGAGAUGAGCGCCACAACCCCAGAGUCGGUCAUGACUGGACCUAAUGGUCAGGGGUCCCUUUACCUUUACUUUAAGCUGAUAAAAGAAUAUGCAAGAUUUUUAGUUGAUUUGAAGAAUUAUUUAGCAUGCGGAGCAGCUUACGUACUAAUAUCAUAUGUCUAAUCAUAUGAUAUUAUGAUUAGACAUAUGGUACUCAAGACGAAACAUGCUAAAAGGAAGGCAUGCUUGGGAAACCCUCACUGUGAUCAACUCCCGCCCAGAAACAUAUGUUCCCACUGUGGAAGGACACGUGGAUCCAGAAUUGGCCUCCACAGUCACUUACGGACUCACUGUUAAGACCGUGUUCUUGGAAGACAAUCCUACUCGGCUACGAGUGAUUGCCAGAGAAGAAGAAUCAUUUGUGAUAAAGUUGCCUAAUAGCAAAUAAGCCUUACAUCUAUCAGAACUUGGAGGGUUAUAGCAAUCAUGUUUAAAGGUAAUCCUUUUAUCCAUAAUCCUUCUAUCCAAAGGGUUCACAAUGCAGGUCAGUUUCUCAUGCACCUUCUCAUGCACUGUCUCUCAUUCAUUUAUUCUAUAUCCUGUAAUUCUUCCACUGCCUUUUGUAAGGGCUGAAACUGGCCCUGCAACCACUUAUCUUCUUUUGUGGACAUAAAACUGCACUCCCUUCUUACCAGCAACAUCAACACCGCUAUUGCCACUAGGAGGUGUGGUGGAAACAAACUGGAACUUCUUGUCUGCGUAGGAAAGAAUUGCUGUGUACCAAACCUCAUAUUUGCAUUUUAAUGGCAUCUUUUUGACAUCCUUCUGUAUCCUUGCACCAAAUCACACUCACAAACCCUCCUUUGGGCUUGUGGAUCUAUGAACUUAUUUUCCAGGGUUUCUAAAUGGACAUUCUAUACCAAAGUAUGGAAAUGCAAAGCCUCAUUCUCAUCAUUGCUGUUGCAGCAGAAGAAACCAUUUUUGUUUGUUCUUCUAGCCAAGCAUUCCUAAUUCUGACUAAUUCACCUGGUAUCAACAUACAAGCUCUUCUAAAGCAGUUGUACGAGUGAGAUAUUUCUAGUCACACAAUUCUUCCCAUAAGGAGGACUCCAGCAAAGGAUGUCAUUUGUUCUUAUGGCUUUAGCCUGUGAAACCACUGGUGGAUUUCCUUGAAAGUUUAAGCGGUAUAUACUUUUUAAAUAAAAUUUAAAAUAACAGAUGUGCUUCCUUUGAAAUGAGGAAAAUAUUAUUUUUUAGACUUGAAUAGUGAGGGAGAAGAGGUCUUCUUGAGAGAUGAUACUGAAAGGCUGCUUGUUUACAGGAAUGAAAGAUUUUGCCACUUGUGCGUUUUUGAUUGGAUUUUCCAUUGAGUGAAGAACAUUUUUUAUCCCAGAAGUUGCCUGUACCAUGCUCUACAGUGGUGCCUCGCAAGACGAAAUUAAUUCGUUCUGCGAGUUUUUUCGUCUAGCGAAUUUUUCGUCUUGCGAAGCACAAAAUCCCAUAGGAAUGCAUUGAAAUUCAAUUAAUGCGUUCCUAUGGUCAAAAAAAGUCCAAACAAAGCCAAAUUUGGUACAACAAGAGUUUAUUAAGUGCUCUUUAAAGUCACACAUACUGUAAAGAGCAUUUCAAAAAUUGAAGGAACAAUAAAUUAAGUUUUUAAACAUGACAGAAAAACAUUUAAAAAUCAACAAAGUAUACAGUACAUUUUCUAAGACUCUGGGGGACCACUCGAAGAAGGUUCCUCUUCCACUCUUUGCUUCUUGCUGAAGAACCUGUCCAUGGUCUGCUGCUUCAUCCGCCUUUUCAGCACCUCCCUGAAAGGCGACAUGACCAUCGUAUCAAAAGUGUUCGCAAGGUCAUGUGCCACGUGCUUGUUAGGGUGGUGCCGCUGUGCAAAAGCCUGCACAUCCUUCCACUUCAUGCAAAUGUCCCUCAGUUCUUUGGAGGACAGGCGUUCCUCAGUUGCUUCCUCCCCUUCCGGCGAGGCCUGCUCCUGCGCAGCCUUUGCCUGCAGUUCGACCAGCUCCUGGGUGAUCAGCUCGUGGUCGUGCUCCUCCACCAGCUCGCUGACGUCCUCCUCUGUGACCUCCAGGCCCAUGGUCCUCCCCAAGGCAACAAUGACCUGCACCACUGUUGACUCUGGUGCAUCAGAGUCACUUGGUGCCACACAGUCCGGCCACAGGCUGCGCCAAGCGCAGUUCAAAUUUCUCUGGCUGAUCCCGUUCCAGGCCGUGGUGAUCAUCUUCAAGCAGGUGACGAUGUUGAAGUGGUCCUUCCAGAAUUCCCGCAGGGUGAUGGUGGUGCAAUCAGUCACCUCGAAUCAUCGCCUGAAAAGCUCCUUGGUGUAGAGUUUUUUGAAAUUGGUGAUGACCUGCUGAUCCAUCGGCUGGAGCAGUGGCGUGGUGUUAGGCGGCAGGAACAUGAUGUUGAUGAAGCUGAACUCCUCCAACAAGUCCUCCUCAAGGCCUUUAGGAUGAGCAGGAGCAUUGUCCAUCAGAAGCAAAGCCUUCAGCGGCAGGUCGUUGUCCAGCAGGUACUGUUUGACAGCAGGGCCAAAAGCAAGAUUGACCCAGUCCACAAACAGCACACGUGUGACCCAAGCCUUACUGUUGGAUCGCCACAUGACACUCAGCUGCUCCUUGUCGACCUUGUGUUUCUUGAAGGCCCGUGGGUUCUCCAAGAGGUACACCAGCAGGGGCUUGAUCUUCAGGUCGCCGCUUGUGCUGGCACAGAAGAGCAGGGUCAGACGGUCCUUCAUGGGCUUGUGGCCAGGCAACUUGGCCUCCUCCUGUGUGAUGAAAGUCCUUUUGGGCAUCCUCUUCCAAAACAGCUCGGUCUCGGCGCAGUUGAAGACCUGCUGUGGAACGUAGCCCUCCGUCUUCACAGCCUCCAGAAACUCCAAUGCAAAGUCUUCAGCCGCAGGAACAUCAGAACUGGCAGCCUCUCCAUGCCUGACCACGCUGUGGAUUCCAGAUCUCGUCUUGAACCGGUCAAACCAGCCUCUGCUUCCCUUGAAGACUUCUGGCUCCCUGAGGUUCCUGGCUGUUCCCGGACGAGGUCUGCGUGCAAGGCCUUGGCCUUCUCACAAAUGUCGGCCUCAGUCACUGUGUCCCCUGCACGCUGCUUCUCUUCUAACCAGAUGAGCAGCAACUUCUCGACCUCCUCCAGAACAGCUGGGCGGUUCUUCACGAUCCUGGUGACUCCCUUGGCUGCAUCAGUCGCAAGGAUCUUCUCCCUCAUCUUCAGGAUGGUGCCGAUGGUCGAUGGGUUCCUGCCGUACUCCCUGGCGAGGUCUGUCACACGCAUUCCACCGUUGUGCUUCCGGAUGAUCUCCUUCUUCAUUUCCAGCGUCACCUUCUCCUUCUUCCUCUCGCCGACCUCUGCAGCACAGCUCCUAGCUUCGUAAACUCAGAAGAAAAAAAAAAUCAGUGCUUCACACCCAAAAAAUUCAAAAGCACCCAGCCACCCACCACACAGGAAUUCAAACCCAGAACCAAGUCCUUGAAUUCCAAACACCCAACCCAAAAUCCAAAAACGCCCAAAAAGUUUUAAAAGUUUAACUUACGAAAUGGCUGCAAAUCACCAAAGUCUUCAAAAUCCUCAAAUGGCUGCAAAAGAAGUUUUGGAAAAGCUUUAAAAAUCACCAAAGUCUUCAAAAACCUCAACUGUUCCCCCAGCCACCCACCACACAGAAAUUCAAACUCAGAAUUUUUUUUUUAAAAAAAAACAACAUGGCCCAAUGGUCACAGAAAAUCAUAAAAAUUCAAAAAAAAAACCACACAAGCUCCCAGAUUCUUGCAAACCCCUCCUCAGCUGUUCCCCCAGCCAGCCACCACACAGAAAUUCAAACCCAGAAUUUUUUUUUAAAAAAACAGCAGAGUGCCCCAAUGGUCACAAAAAAUCAUAAAAAUGCAGAAAAAAACCACACAAGCUCCCAGAUUCUUGCAAACCUCUCCCCAACACCAAGUCCUUGAAUUCCAAACACCCCAACCCAAAAUCCAAACCCCUCCAAAAAAGUUUUAAAAGUUUAACUUACCAAACGGCUGCAAAAGAAGUUUUGGAAAAGCUUCAAAAAUCAGCAAAGUCCUCAAAAACCUCAAAAAAGGCUACCCCACCGCGUGCUAUGUGUUGCUCCUCGAAGUCAAGUCACAACUGCACCUCUUCAAGCAAUGCACCCUGGGUAUUAACGGUUUUACGAAAAAGGAAACAAACUUGCAAGACGUUUUCAUCUUGCAAAGCAAGCCCAUAGGGAAAUUCGUUUUGCGAAGCAGCUCAAAAAACGGAAAACCCUUUCGUCUAGCGAGUUUUCCGUCUUGCGAGGCAUUCGUCGUGCGGGGCACCACUGUAUCAUGUUUUUGACAUUGUACAGGAAUUGAUAAUCUAGCAUGUGCAAAACUGGAUCAAGAAGUACACACUGAACUAGGAGCCUCAAAUCUGGCACUGCUUGGGCAUUCUAAGAAACGACAACAACAACAAAAUCAGCACAGUUUUGAAAGGUUCAUUCUGCCAUCUUAUUUUAAAUUGUGUCCAAUUGUAUGCAAACAGAGAUGAGAAUCUGUACAUUGAUCUCAGGAACCAUCAUGCAAAAAUUGAUUACGAUAUUUUUGGAGCUGUCCAGAUGCAUAGCAAACAAGUAUCCAGAAGUAGUAGAAGUUAUGCUGCCUGUGCUUUAACUUAGGCGAGUUCAUUAAAUUGCCAAUUUACCUAAAUUAUGAUCUUGGUAUAGUAAUAUACCGGAGCUGAAGGGGUAUGAGUUUGUUCAUAGAUGCAUCUACCCCCUAUUUGCCUUCCUCUACCCCCCCCAAAAGUAAUCCUUACUGUGUUACCAUGCUGAAAGUGAGCUGGGAUGUCCAUAGACAGCUUGCAGCUUUGUGAUUGUGGUGGCAAUUUCAAAGCAAUAGUUGUGGACAGUCGUAACAUUAGAAGCUGUCCACAUGACACCAAGAGGCAUCUCAUUACUUACAGAGGGGAAACACUAUUGCACACAUGUGAACAGGCCCAGAGUUUGACCACUCUCUUCUCUAAAAGGCUUAUAAUUCUAAUGUCUAUGCUGUCAAGUUUAUCAAUUUAAUCUAUAUGCUUCCCCCCCUUCUCUUAAAAGGUAACCGGUGGUUCCAGUGGCAUUGGGAAAUGCGUUGCCAUCGAAUGCUUUAAGCAAGGGGCUUUUAUAACACUUAUUGCAAGAAAUGAGGUAAAUUUCUAGCAUGCUUAUUUAACAGUUAUGAUGCCCUGAAGCUGUUAAUGGAAGGGUUUGAAGCAACAGUAAUUAUAACUAAAGCCCUAGUAUUUAAUUAAAUAGUUAAAAUCCUUGGCUCCAAUCCUACUAAAGUUCACCAAAUUUGAAAGCAACAGGGCUUAAAUUAGUGAUUACUGUACUAAUUUUAUCUGGAUUGGGGCCUAUUUGUUUCUCCAGAAUAAAUAAAUAAAUGACUGUUAGAGUUUGAAUACAGUGUUUGAGUUAGCGAGAGGAUUAAGCCAAAGCCAAACUGCUUAUUCUAUUGGCUAUUCCAUUUAUAACCAUUUACCUAUGGUUGUGGGGUGUGGGGAACCUUUUCUCCUCCAGAUGUAGUUGAAUGCCAACUCCUAUUCCAGCAAGCAUGGCCAAUGGCCCAGGGAUAAAGGGAGGUGUCGUUCAGCAACAUCUGGAGCACCAAAGUUUCCCCACACCUGGCCUGUAGAUUCAGAGGCACUCUAACCAUUUCUUCAGGAAAGUGGAAUAUGAGCAGCAUUCAUGUUUUAAAAAUUGUUUUCUGCUUUGCUAGUAUCUUGGAUAUUGCACCAAAGCAGAGAGUAAUACUCUCACUUUUUGCACUCUUUUCUACUGUGAACAUCUGAAAGGGGAAUUUACUUGCAUAUCCACUCUCUUCUGCUUAAUACACUCAAAGCCAUCCUUGGUUUGUUUCUAAAGUCUUCUAGUAUAACAGAGUACAAAAUAUAGAAUUCCAAUUUUUGGAAUUGGGAGAAGCAACAAGCUUUAAAGCAAGAUUAAUAUUUAAGUCUUGCAGUUAGCUGAUACAUAAAAUAUUUGUUGGUAAGUAAGCUGAAAUAGCUUUUUUUCUCUGUAUUGUUUUGAUUGAGGAUGUGCUGCUUGUAAGCUGCCAUUUAUUUUAUUCUAAGCAUCUAUAGCCCACCUUUCUAUGAUAAAAUCAAAUGCAAAGCAUUUUACAGUUUACAAAUAAAAUAGAAGUCAUUAAAAUUGAAAUUUUUUUAUUGUCUGAUUAGUUUUCAAGCAGCAGUAAAAGAAAAAAAUAAUAGAAACCAGCAGAUAAGCUAAGAGCCUAUCAAAAGGCUCAACUAAAAAAUUCCACCACAGUAGAACACUUAACUGGAGUUUGGUCUUCAAGGCUGUGUUUGUGAAGUUAAAAUGGUAUGUGGGAAAUUAUCUUGAGCAGUGAUAGCCAGAAUUGCAGUUCUUCCAUUUCUUAACAGGAGUUUGCAUGAGGGCGUGGUGUCAGCAGUAGGCUGACAAAUGUUUUUUGUUAAAAGAAUUCAGUUACCUGCCUGAAUUCUUGUAACUAGUACAUGUGUGCACUGGGAAGUUUUACUAAUCUUUACUUAUCUUGUAAUGCAAUACACUUAGUAUCUUGGGAUGUGCUAGACUAAGAACUAAGUGUUGUAUCCAGUGAAGUCAUCCCAUUAAUGCAAGGAUUCCCACCUGUGCAACAGGACUUCUGCAUACAGUGGUACCUCAGGUUAAGAACUUAAUUUGUUCUGGAGGUCCGUUCUUAACCUGAAACUGUUCUUAACCUGAGGUACCACUUUAGCUAAUGGGGCCUCCUGCUGCUGCCGCGCCACCGUGCGAUUUCUGUUCUCAUCCUGAAGCAAAGUUCUUAACCCGAGGUAGUAUUUCUGGGUUAGCUGAGUCUGUAACUGAAGUGUCUGUAACCUGAAGUGUCUGUAACCCGAGGUACCACUGUAUCUCUUCUGCCUCCCAGAUUUGCUCUGGAGGGUUGGGGCCACCCCCCUUGCAAGGGUACAGGGAGGGGGAGCAGAAGUCGCAUUGUUCAGGCAGAAGUCUUUGUGCAGGAUAUCUGUAUGGUAUAUAGCCUAUUGGCUACAGUCAUAUACACACUUUUGUAGGAGUGAGACUCAUUGAAAGCUUUACCCCUUAAUUAGAUAUACACAGAAUGGCACUGCAUAUGCCAUAUAGGCAAAGCCAAAGCAAACUUCUGAAAAUAAAGUAUAACAGUGGAUUUAAUUUACGUUGGCCGAAGCAGAAUGUUGUAAAUAUUUAUAGAAUUGGCAGUAAAUUGACCAAGUAAGAUGGCAAUUCCUAAAUGCAUAAAGCACCUAAAUGUUUGCUGCUAUACUGCAUUUUUUUAAAGAAGACUUUCGUUCUGUCUAUCUUAAUUGUUUUAGCAGAAUGUUCCAAAUGUGCUUGUUUAAUUCCAGUGCAGGCUAUUGGAAGCAAAGAAAGAAAUUGAGAAGUUCUCAGUUAAUGAUAAGCAGGUAAGAUGACUAUAUUCUACCAGGUCUCUCAAAUGUGUUAAGAAAAUGCAUGUUCUUUCUCUGACUUAAUAUAGAGCAGCAGUACUUGAAUUACAAGUUAUGGAGUAAAUGUGUAGAUAAGAGAAAAUUGAGUAGCAUAUUGUGCCCUGUAUAGUCAUGCCAUAGGUAAACUGAAAAUUCCGUUUUAAAGAAUUCUAAGUAAUCCUAGACACAUCCUGCAGUCAAUUGCCUCCUUUGGGUACUCUUGUGUUGUGAGCUAUAAUGCUAAUACUUUGAUUGCAAUUUAAGAAAAAGGUGGGGUCAGUUCUUUUAUGGAAAAACUUAUACAAAGCAUGAAAGUGACAUGACUUGCAAUAUUGAAGGCUGAAAAUGUGCUUGAUGUGCAAUAUUUAAUGGUCUCUCUUUUUUCCUAAAAGAAUAAUUCCUGCUUCUGAAGAAGUUUGUCUUGCCUCUGGGGUAUUAUCAGUAGUCAUUGGCAACAACGUAAAAUCAUUUCAUAUUAGAGUGCUUUUUAAAGUUCUGUGUUAGCUAUGGUUAAAUAUGACUAAAAUACCAUGCCAGUUUUAUGAAUUUGGCUCAAUCUUAAUGUAUUCUUGAGAUAUCAGUAUCUUUUUCUUGGUGACUUUGCUGCCUUUUAAAAUAAAGCUAAUUUUUGCACAGGGAUGAUUUCAUGUAAGCCCUAAAGAUCAAUAUGUGAAUGGGUCUUUGGCAAUUUAUUUUAUGAAUUUAUAUUCUGCUUUUCAGCUGAAGUCCUCAGAGCCGUUCCUAGUACUUAAUAAAAUGUAAUGAAUGUGUCAAAAAACAUACACUUAAAACAAAACAAAAUUAGCCUCACAAGAGCAAGCCCCAGGUGUUGUCUUCUCCUGUGCCUCUCUCUCUUGCUUUUGUAAUGUCUUUGGGUUGUUAAACAUUUCACUUCAUCAGUCUUUAAUUUUGUCUUAGGUUCUGUUUAAUAGAACAUAGGAAGCUGCCAUAUAUGAAACCAUACCAUUGGUCCAUCUAGCUCAGUAUUGUAUAUGCUAACUAAUAGGGAUCUGUUCCAGAAUCUCAUAUAGGAUUUACCGGUAUCUCUGCCCUGCCGGGAAAUGUGAGGGACUCAUGUUCUACAUGCAAAGCAGAUUCUAUACUGCUUCUUUCCCUGGCAUGUCGUGCAUGCUUUAUGGAAAACGAAGACUUAAGUGGCGGUAGAGAAAAGAAAAAGAAUUUCAUAUGAGACUACAAUCUGUUCUAUAGCAGCCAUCAACAAGGAUGAACAGUGCAGUGUGGUUUCCUAAUGCGCUUCUAAGCAGCUUAUCAUUGGGAAAGUAUUUGUCACUGUGUGGUGCAGUUGUUGUUGUUUUUACAACACUACAGUGUCCAUUAACAAUUGCACCACUUCAAUUCAAAAGAGGAAGAAGAACACUCUUUUAGAAAGAAUUCGGUGUUGUUGAAUAUUCCAUAAGCACUAGCUUUCCAACUUGCCAGUUGGAGCCAUCCCCACCUCCUCUCCUGCGCGCUUUUCUGAGGGUUCUCCUUCCAUACAAAAGCCAAUUUUAGGGGGUGCAUAGCGGGGCAGGAGUGGGAGGAAAACCCCAUUGCACAAGUGAAUGUUCUUGCACAGAAUUUGUAUCUGAUGGGACUUGUUAGACGAGUUCCACCCAUUGAGGUCAAUUGAAUAGGCAUCCACAUGGAAUUAUUGUUGUUAUUACCUGCCCUUCACCCUAAGCUCCAACGGCAGGUUACAACAUUAAGCACAAUAUUAAACACACAAAAAUAAGGUGGGUCCUAAAAACAUAUACCUCAAGUGUCAAAGGCAGGGUAAAGAGUUGUGUCUUCAGCAUUCAUUGGAAGCUGAAUUAUUAAGGACUAGACAGGUUGUUCAGGCUACAGAUGUCUGCAGACUUUAGACCAGGCUUCCUCAGCCUCGGCCCUCUAGAUGUUUUGAGACUAGAAUUCCCAUCAUCCCUGACCACUGGUCCUGCUAGCUAGGGAUAAUGUGAGUUGUAGGCCAAAAACAUCUGGAGGGCUGAGGUUGGGGAAGCCUGCCUUAGACAAAUUAUAGCAAAGUGUCAUUGCUAUAGUCCUGUGGUGAAACCAGUUUAAAGUUGGCUUUUGAAUCCUGACUUGUUUAAAAGCCAUUAACCAUAAUUCUCUAUUUGUACAUUAACGGGAAUUUGUUUAACUGCAGCUGCUAGGUUUGCUUCCCUGUUUACAUGAAGUGAGGGAGCAAAGGGGCACUUCACUGAGUACAUGAAAAAGUAAUGCACAUCCUGACUUAUUAGAAUUAAAUUUGAUAAUUCAAAGCUCAUCUGAAAAGUCUGAGCUAAAUAUUAUUGCUUUGGAAUAUUAAUUGGUUCUUCUCAAACUCCAAAGCAAUAUAAUAUCCCAGUACUUUAUGUAGAAACAGGAACUCUACACUCCUCUCAACUAAAAGUGAAAGGCAGAGAAACAUACAAUGCACACGUUGAAAUACCGUAUUUUUUCGCCCUAUAGGACGCACUUUUCCCCCUCCAAAAAUGAAGGGGAAAUGUGUGUGCGUCCUAUGGGGCGAAUGCAGGCUUUCGCUGAAGCCUGGAGAGCGAGAGGGGUCGGUGCUCACCGACCCCUCUCGCUCUCCAGGCUUCACGCAGCUCUGUGCAACCCUAGGGAGCCCGGCGCGAAGUCGUGCCGGUCUCCCAAGGGUUGCGCAGAGCUGCCUGCAUUCCCGGGCUUCGCGGGGGGGGGGGGGGGGAUUCAUUAUUUCCCCCCCCAAAAAAAAACCCCAAGGUGCGUCCUAUGGGGCGGUGCGCCCUAUGGGGCGAAAAAUACAGUAUGUCUCCUUACCUAUGUUGCAAAAAUAGUUUACUUGUUGAAUUAAAAAUUUGUCCAUUUUACACUGUACAUGUCAAAUGAUAUGGUCCUUCUUUUCCAUUCACAUAGGUUGUGCAUUAUAUCUCUCUUGAUGUUUCCAAAGAUGCUGCAAAUGUGGAAAGGGCCCUUAAACAGGUAAGGAAAUACUGGUUUUACCUGGCUGGCUCCCUCCCCCCAUUUUUCAAUUGCAAGUGUUUAUUGCAGAAAUGUUCUGCUGACAGUAGUGAUAUUUAUAGACACAAAUUUGUUAUCUCACCUGUUUUUUUCCUUUCUUUCCAGGCUCAAGAGAAGUUGGGUCCAGUUGACAUGCUUGUAAAUUGUGCUGGAACAUCAAUUAAUGGAAAGUUUGAAGAUAUUGACAUCAGUAAGUUUGAAGUAAGUGAGCCUGGCUUCUCCUGUUUGAGUAUGUACUGGUAUACUAAUUCAUCGGCACCUAGAAAAUCACACCAGAUUGAGAAAUGUUUUUGAAUGAUAAAAUAAUAUAUAAAAUUUACCUAACUUGUAGCAGCACAUUUUAUUGUCCAUUUCAAAUAAAUGACCUAACAUUGUAUUUUUUUUUUUCUAAUCCCCCCAUAGUUUUCCACUGGGUUGAAUGUUUUAUAUCUGUGUCAUAGACCCAAUAAUUCUUAUUAGAUAUUUAUCGUGUCUAAAAAUGUUUGCUGCCUUUAAACAUCUAUUAUGAAAGGCCUAAUAAUAAUAAUAAUAAUAAUAAUAAUAAUAAUAAUAAUAAAUUUAUUAUUUGUACCCCGCCCAUCUGGCUGGGUUUCCCCAGCCACUCUGGGCGGCUUCCAACAAAGAUGAAAAAUACACUAAAAUGUCACAUAUUAAAAACUUCCCUGAACAGGGCUGCCUUCAGAUGUCUUCUGAAUGUCAGGUAGUUGUUUAUCGCUUUGACAUCUGAUGGGAGGGCGUUCCACAGGGCGGGCGCCACUACCGAGAAGGCCCUCUGCCUGGUUCCCUGUAACUUGGCAUCUCGCAGUGAGGGAACCGCCAGAAGGCCCUCGGAGCUGGACCUCAGUGUCUGGGCAGAACGAUGGGGGGUGGAGACGCUCCAUGUUGUGAAAGAGAAGUUCUUCAUACGCUAUUGUUACAUAACUUUCAUUCCUUGGGUAAUACUUGCAUGAACCACCACAUAAACAUGAAAGGAAUAAUACUUUUUCUUGAAUACUUAUAUAACUGCAAAAGUGUAUACAAAUUUAAUAAAUAAUAAUAAUAAUAAUAGCAAAAGUGGGGCUCCCUAAUUCAGCCCAUCUCAAAUGAAAUGUUUGCUUCAUGUUGACGUUGGUCCAUAAAGUCUCUUCAGUAGCUGACUUGUAAACAGUUCACAUAAAGAUUAACUAGGCUAUGACUCAUUUUCUCCUUGGCAUAUCAUAGACAGGGGAGAUGCAAAGUGCUCAUAAUUUCAGCAGCAUGCGCCAGCACACUGCUUAUUCACAUUAUUAAAUCAUUAUUUGUUCAAUAAUAAUAAUAGUUUCUAUACUGCCCUUCAUCCAAAGAUCACAGGGCAGUUUUCAUUAUAAACCAUAAUAAUAAUAUUAUAAUAAUUUAUUAUUUAUACCCCGCCCAUCUGGCUGGGUUUCCCCAGCCACUCUGGGCGGCUUCCAACUGAAUAUUAAAAACAAUACGUGGUUUAAUGUAACAUGUGAACCAAGCCGUUAAUUAGUUUCAGAGGAAAAAAAUUGAGAAGUGAUUUUAUAAAAGUAGAGCAGUUGCAAAUGUCAUUUUCUACUAGUUCUCUACUCGGUGCAGAUUAUGUAAUUAGUAAACUGUUGUGUCUUAAAUUUUUAUUUACUGGAUAUAAUUCCAUUGCUUUAUAUAUAUUAACCGUUUGCUUGCUCAGUGUUCUCUAUACCAGAGAUGGCUAACUUCUGGCCUGCUGUAGGUUGUUGCCCUCCAAUUACCAUCAUUCCUUACAUGCCAUGCACGCUAGCUGGGCCAGUGGAAGUGGAGUCCAGCAGCAUAUGGAGGGCCACAGGUUAGCCAUCCCUUUUUAUUUGGGUUCAAUCCUGGAGACGCUGGGGAGCAAAUUUGGGAUAUUCUGCAGGUAAAACAUGUAUUUUACCACUUAGCUGCAAUGUUUCCCAGUUUAAAAGUUUGGCCACCCUUGUCCUCUCAGCAGAAGUUACACAGGAAAUCAAAACAGCAACCACAUCACAAAGGUUACUGCUCAACAUCAAAGGAACCCCCAAGUGGUUGCCUUCCAGCAUGUUAAUGGACUAUAACACAGCAUUUUACAGCUUGGAAACUCCAUUUGUAACAUGAAGCAACAUCGUCCAUAGUAGGAAUUUUGCACCUGUUGGUGAUAAAUAUUAAUAUUGCCGAUGCCUUGAGUUUAAAGCUGCAGACCAGCAAUCACACUUCGUUAUUUCAUUUCAUUUCCAUUAAUAUUACACUUCAUUAAUAUAAAAUCUGUUAACUAGGCCUCCAACUUGUAUGUUUGUCUACAGCAAUUGAUGGCUAUCAACUAUCUGGGUAGUGUCUACCCAACUCGGGCAGUAGUUACCACCAUGAAGGAACGGAGGAGGGGAAGGAUUGUGUUUGUGUCAUCCCAGGCUGGACAAGUUGGACUGUUUGGUUAUACUGCUUAUUCUUCAACAAAGUUUGCUCUUCGAGGACUAGCUGAAGCUUUGCAAAUGGAGGUAUGAUUCUCUGUUCCUUACCUGCAUGUAUCUUAUAGUUUCUCUGUAUAACAUUAACAACAACAACAACAACAACAACAUAUAAACAAAAAGCUAAAACCAUAGGGGGAAAUAAUUAAAGAAUCAAGUAAACAUUAAUAGUAUUAUAUAAGAAUAUUGUACAAUACAGUGUUGCCCAAAAAGUACACAAGCAGGCUCAGCAACAUUCAACACUGUUUACAAGGCAUAGACUUAGCUAUUCUGUUGCAAUAAGUGGUACAAUAUUCCAGAGCGCAUGACACCAUUCGGCUCAUAAGGCCUGUAUUGUAUACGAUUUGCAAAACUGUUCAUUUAGUAGGGUUAGUUGUCCACCGGAUCAAAAUGAGAAGUAAUAGUGCAGGCAGUGUAUUGAGUUGCUGUACUCUCAGAUAUUGUAGAUCUGGUUUUGGGCAGAGCGUGCAUACGCAAAAUCACAUAGAGCAAAGAAUCCCCAGGAUCGCCACCUUCCUGCCCAGCUGGAGCUCUAGAAAGGCAGCUCCCUCUUUCCCCCUCUGGUAGCUCUUUGUCCUCCCUGUGGGCGAGCCAGAAGUACAGCCUGGAGAGCAACUGCAGUGCCACCACUGCUGCCAUUGCUCCCGCUUCCCACCAGGAGUGGCUGGGCCUGCCCAUGCCAGAGGGGCACCCUCACAGUGGUUUGGAUUUGCUGCAGCCCUUGCCAGCUGACAGUGUGGAGCAAGCCAGCCAAGCUGAGGGACUGGCACUUUAUGCAGCUGCAGAACCGCCAUGCACACCUAGUAGGAGUAGGAGGCAAGAGCCCGAGAUGGCAGCAAUGCAAGCAAGGCAUGUGUUGUCUUACCCAGGUUUGCUUGUUCCUCCCCCUGCUAUACUUCAUUCGACCCUCUUCCCGCCGCGUAUCUCCUGAGAUCCCAAUGAGAAGCUCCCUCCCAGUAGCGGCUGGUGAGGUGGCAGAGGCAGAGGGUCACUGCUCUCCUUGCUUCCAAACAACACGUAGCUUUGCAGGAAGGCCUUCUUCACCAGGGUGUUUCUUGCAGAGAAGUGGCAGGAAUACUAUUUUAAAAGGGCGAGAUUUCUCCUUGGCUUUCUGCUCGAGAUAAAAAUAAGAGGCUGCAGCCAAUAGUAUAAAGUUGAGUUGCAGAAGCAGAGGUGUAGCAAGUUCAGGUGGUACAGAUUUUUUUUUUGUCCCCCCCCCCAUCUAAAUUAUUAAAAGAAGGGAAAAUAAGAUACUUGCAGUUGCAAGUGUUAUUUUCUGGUUUAUAUACUUAACAUUGUAAGCAUAAGCACUUAAAACCCCUGCAGACACCAUGGCUUCAAUAUCAGCCAGAAACAAAUUUCUUCUCACCCACCACCCCAUUUCUCUGUUCACUAUCUAGCCUGUUGGUAGAACUUGAACUUUGCACACUAUUUUGCGGUAAAGGUAAAGGGACCCCUGACCAUUAGGUCCAAUUGUGGCCGACUCUGGGGUUGUGGCGCUCAUCUCACUUUAUUGGCCGAGGGAGCUGGCGUACAGCUUCUGGGUCAUGUGGCCAGCAUGACGAAGCUGCUUCUGGCAAACCAGAGCAGCACACGGAAACGCCGUUUACUUUCCCGCCGGAGCAGUACCUAUUUAUCUACUUGCACUUUGACAUGCUUUCGAACUGCUAGGUUGGCAGAAGCAGGGACUGAGCAACGGGAGCUCACCCCCUCGCGGGGAUUCGAACCACCGAUCUUCUGAUCGGCAAGUCCUAGGCUCUGGUUCAACCCACAGCGCCACUCGCGUCCCUAUUUUGCAGUAGAUAGGCCUAAUAAUGGAAUUGCCCUAAUAAGGAUGUGUGUUUUCCUUAUGGUUCGGUGCAGCUCCCUUUACUUUUACAAUGCCGCUUAAAACAGGUGGCUAAUUGUGUCCCUCCAGGUGUUGCUGGACUACAACUCCCAUCAUUCCUAUUGGCCAUACUAGUUGGGACCAGUGGGGGACAUAGUCCAGCAACAUCUGGAGGGACACACGCUAGCCCCUCAGCCCCCCGUUUUAAAGCUGACCGUGUAAUGCACCAUAUCAGAAGCACAAAUCCCUUUCAAGGGGCCAUUUCCCUCCCCCUUGUGUUUUUUCAAAGUAUCUGCCCUGAACAACUCUGCAACUCAAACACUUGCUCAUUCUUUUGAGACAUUCGAGUUAGUCCUAAUAAAGUAUUGUUCAACUUCAGCUAUUGGGCUGCUGUUGUUUUAAUUAAAUGGACCAUUUCAAAAAGAAACUGAUGUUCAUAGGCUGCAGUUCUACACCUACUUUCCUGGGAUGAAUUCCCAUGGAACUCGGUGCAGCUUACUUCUAAGUAGACAUGCAAAGGAGGGCACAGUUGUUUAAGCACCAUCUCAGCAGCUCACUGAACAAUGAGAAACAAUUUUCAUGCUAACGUGAAUACAUUCUUAUAUUAAUUCUCUCCUGAAAUGUUGGAUGUAUGGAUCUUAACUUGUGUUUUUUUGGGGUGUUAGGAGGCACUGAUUUAUCUCUUGGCAUCAUCCAGCUUCUAUGUUUGAAAGACAUGUUUGUUUGUUUGUUUUUUAUUUUAUUAUUAUUAUUAUUAUUAUUAUUAUUAUUAUUAUUAUUUAUUAUUAUUAUUCGUUCCUGAAUACCUGGCACACAUGGACCGCAAUAAUCAUAUGGACAUAGAAAAGCGCGGGGGGGGGGGGGACAUCUUGGUAGCUUUAUUGUAAAUAUCCCUGCUACAUAAGAAUAGCCUUGCCUGAUCAAAGGGUCCUGUUCUCUCCCCUCUUGUCCAUCUCCAGCUAAGGCAGGGACAGUGGCGGAGUUAGCUGCAUGGGUGCCCAGAGCCCAUGCUGUGCACUUGGGGGGGGGCAAUCCACUGCGCAUGGGGGUGGCGGGGCAAGCCCCCAUGGUGUGCCUUUUUGUCACCCUCCCAGGGAUGACACCUGGGGCCGAGCGCCCCCCUUCCUACGCCCCUGUGCGCAAGUAAAAUGUCCGUAAGAUACAAUCCCACUAUAUGCCUCUUUGUUCAUAUUACAUUGUAUAUCUUUGUGAAAACAAGUAAGCAUGGGAAAGCUCAAUAUAUUAGAGCGUGAACUAAAUAUUUUUCUCAUCCUAACAGGUAAAGCCCUAUAAUAUCUACGUAACAGUUGCCUAUCCUCCAGAUACAGACACACCUGGCUUUGCAGAGGAAAGUCAGACAAAGGUAAUUUUAUGUUCCUCUUUAUUGUCAUGCAAAAUACUUACAUAAAGUAAAAGGAUCAAUAGGUACAAAACAAAAAAGAAUGAUCCCAUGAUGUGCUUAAUGCUAAAUCUAAACCUUGAGUAUAAGUGUGUAUUCAACUUUUAGUCACAGGAAAGGAGUUAUAUUGUGUCACUCCUUGGUAUAUACAGUGUUUCAAAAAUUCUUAAACAAUCUUCAUUCUUGUUCGCAUUUGUUAGCUUUUACGUUUUCCUGGUCUAAGACAGAUAUACCAUAUGAUCUUGCUCAUUGUUGCCAGAUCAGUUUCCAAACUCAUAGGAGGGACUUCUUUUUUUCUUCCAGUAUUCACCAUCUGCCUUCCAGAACCAUAUUGAAUAUUUUUUUACUUUCAUUUGGUAAAAUAAAUUUUAUAUAAAUGAGCAUAAAAACUUUUAAAUCUUAAGAGAUGGAAUAUUCCAAAAAGUUAACUUAUUAAUAUUUUAUACAACAUUAUGACAAUACUUGCUUGUUUCUGGGCAUGUCCAUAUUGAGUUCAUCCAUAUGGCUUUUUAGGUUUUAAAAAACAAAACCUAUCUUGAAAAUAUUCACAUAACACUAUUUUGAUAUAACUUUUUUUCUUUUUCUUUAACUGAUUCUAUACUGUCUGCUGGUUUUCAUCUCUAUAUUAUUCUGUUAGUUGCUUUGAGUUACUUUUUGGGUUUUUUAAAAAGCAAUUAAGUGCAGUUAUUAUCCACUUCUGCAUAAUGCCACAUUGAAUUGGUUUAAUAUUACAUUCUUACUAAAAUGCUGCAUAAGCAAGAUAGAAACCAACAGUGAACGUGUAGGAGACAAAUAUUUAAACUCAACUCACACUUUCCAUGAUACAGGUCUAACGUUACUAAUUCCUUUGCUUAAUUUCUUGUCUUAUCCAUCCACAGGGUAGCAUUAGGUAGAAUCUGAAGGAAAACCUCCAGCAGGUUCUCUGUUUCUUCUUAGUCAAAUAUUCUGUGCAGGAGGUGUCUCCUCAAAAGCUGCCCCCCCCCCCGUCUUUUCUGAUGGGCUAUCAGGGGUGGCCAACUCCCAAGAGACUGUGAUCUACUCACAGAAUUAUAAACUGGCAGUGAUCUACCCCCGUUUUUGGGGGGUUCAGGUCAAAGUUGUUGACUUUUUUGGGGAAAGGAAGGCUCUGUUUUUUGGGGGGUGCAGGGCUAAGUUGUUCAGCUUUUUUUAGGGAGGAGAAAAGCCCAGUUUUUUUGGGGGGGGGGGGUUGGUGAGAAAGAGAAACAGCCACUCACCAAUAGAUUGCUGGGGAAACAAACAACCUCACCGAGGAAACUCCGUCUUCCGUUCUGCAGAUCGUGCAACAAUGGAGGGCAGGGCGAGGGGCUGGGGCCGGAAUGGGACCCAGUGAUCAACCACGAUCUACCAAAUCCUCCCGGGGAUCUACCAGUAGAUCGCAAUCGACCUGUUGGACAUCCCUGGCUAUAGCAAGUUAGGGCAUAAGAUCGCCAUAGAAAUCUUGCCAAGUAAUUUCAGAUGAGGCUUACUUGUUUGUCCUAAAAUUCAGGGCUGAUUAAUAAUCUAAACCUGGAUCUCUUGUCUUUUUAUAAAAUGUUGUUUCUAUUGCACCACCUUCAUUUAUUUUGAGGUUAUAUAUUUAAAUUAAAACUUAAUGUAGGUUGAUGUGGGUGGAUGAAACAGGAAGAAAAUUGUGUUAAGAGUCAACUGGUUGUGCGUUAAUAAUCAGUGUUGCAUCAAUCUUUUACUGUAUUGCCCUGAGCAUUCUUGUUGCACAUUUAACAAUCAUACAGCAAUAAAAGUUACCAAACAAAACCCUCCUACAGGAGAUCUUCAGAUUGUUCUUAGUUGGCCAAUGUAAUGAAAGUUUUUGAGUUUGCCUUUAAUCUUGCUUUUGAAUUGAUGGUAGGACAGCCAUAUGCUACUGAGCUCCACAUUCUUUCACAUUCCUUGUUUCACUUCCUAAUAGUUAAUAGAAAGCUGGUUUGAAAACAUGAAAGAAGACUAUCCUUUUGUAAAAAAAACACAAAACUUUAAUGGUCUGUGACCCUAAAGAAUGUUGUCCCCGCCCCGAAUCGUUUUUUAAAAUCUGUUAAAUGUUUCAGAGUGAAAGUAUUAACAAUUGAAUAUGAAGCAGUUUAGGGUGACAAAACAUCUUUGCUUUUAUUACUCUUGAGUAAUGAAUUGUCCAGAAGCCAGUUUCUGUCAACUACAUCUCAGGAUUUAGUCGAACAAUGAGUUUCCACUUGACUUUCGGGCAGGUAUGAGAGCCCUACUUGUGAACCUCAAACUCCGGAAUAUUUCCAUUUAAUAUUGAUCCUGUGUUAGUAAGUGAUAUUUAACAAUACUAACUUAACCAAAUUCCUGCCUCAUAAGCCCCUUUAAGGCCUUUAUUUACUCUUCCAGAGAGGACAGAAACAGGUGAACUGCAAAUGAACAAAUACCUUGAUCACAUUGACAGAUACUAAUUAGCUCAGUGUUUUCUAAGAGGAAGCAGUUUGACAAGAUGAAAAAGGAUGAAAAAGACAAACACUAGAACUCUGUGGUAUCAGGCUUAAUGCAAGAAUAAAUAUAGCUCACAUUUUUAUCUUUUCUAAACAUUUCUACAAGAUCAUAUAGGCAACAAUGCAUUCCUUGAAGCGAAGUUUUAUAAGCAGGCUCCUUAGGUAGCAAGAAUUUACAAAGUUGAUCUAAGCUAAUGGAAAUCAUUUAUAAAAGAGUUAGAGCCAAUUCUCCUGGGAGCAUAAUAUCAAUUUAUUUUUCUGUAAUAUUUGUGUCAGAGAUACCUGCUGAAUAUGAGAAAACUGUGUCUCCACAUAGAGUGUGUGUUUAUGAUAGCGACCAGCAGAAUGUUGCAUCUAAAAUGUUGCACUAAUUCUAGUUUCACUCUUCCUAUUAUUAAAGAAAACUGCAUGUUCGCUUAGGAUUUGCAUUCACUUGUAAUCUAAUGAUAAAUAUAAUAUCAACAAAUGCAACUAUAAACACACCUCUUGACCUGAAUAUUUUUUGUAAAAAAAAAUGUCCAGAUGGUCUUAUGUUUCUUAUCAGAUGUGAGGUGAACUGUGGUUGUACUUGGUAACAUUUCAUCUGCUGUUAUAUGUAUGUAAUCUCUUUAUUUACUUUUGCUCAAGAUUUUAGAGACUAAGCUUAUUUCAGAAACAUCAUCGGUCUGCAAACCUGAUCAUGUGGCCAGAAUAAUUGUUAAAGAUGCCGUUGUAAGUAAAAUGCUGUAUUUGUAUAAAAUGCUUUUGUGGGUGGAAAACAUGGGUAACUUGCCAGUUUAUUAUAAGGGGAAAGGUUGUCUGUGUUUGUCUACUACCUUUUCUGAAUCCUAGAAUCUUUAUAUAAAGAGAGCCUUUAGAUACAAUCCUAACCCACUUACCUGGGAAUAAGUCCCAUUCAAUUCAGUAGGACUUAUUUCUGAGUAGAUAUGUCUAGGAUUGCACCAUUUUAAACAGUGCCAUCAUUAUACGUGGGACCUUUGCAUAGGCAAAAUUAGAAAGGGCCCUUCUCCCAAGGUUAGAAAUUUAAAGUAGACACCAAAUAAAACUGGGGAUGGGAUAAAUGUGGCAGUUGCCCUUACAUGUAAUUAGUUAUAGUUACAAAUUGUCCCUCUACCUGAACUGCGUGCUUGCUUUGAAAGAUGGUUUGUGUUAAUGGAUUUUGUUUUGUUCUGACUUUUUAAAAUGGAUUUUCAAUGAUGUUGUCAUUUACUCUUUUUGUUCUUUUGUGUUUCUUAAUUAAAGGUCACUUCACUUUUUUUUUUACUUAAUAUAUACCCUCCCUUUGCAAAUGUUGAAAUAUUAUUACAUGGGCGCAGGUUAAAAAUGCAUUUCAAAUUUUAAAUUAGUAGACUUGAUAUUCAAAAACUCAAGGUGCCCUGUUUCAACACAGGCUGACAGAAAUGGCCUGAUUCAAGUCUGGCACAUGGUUCCUUUUAAAAAUAAACUGCUUUGGGAGCCAAUCUUGGCCAACAAGCACAGUAUAAAUAAUAGUGGUGAUUCCUAGGUUUCAAAAGGGUGGAAUAUAAAAAUAGCUGUUUCUGUACCACAGGCAUUUUAUUUCACAAUAUUUUUUUUAAAAGCAUGUGUCUGCCUGAACCACAUGUAUACCACUUUGGGAUAUUAGAUGAUGCAAUACAUACAUAUAUAUAUAUAUAUAUAUAUAUAUAUAUUCAUAUUCAGACUACAUAUAUAUAUAUAUAUAUAUAUAUAUAUAUAUUCAUAUUCAUAUAUAUAUAUAUAUUCAUAUUCAGUAGGACUUAUUUCUGAGUAGAUAUAUAUAUAUAUAUAUAUAUUCAUAUUCAGACUACAGGUACAGUCUUGUCCAUGCUUAAACAGAAACAUGUACCUUUAAGAUCAGAAAUUUUAAAAAAUCCUGUCAGAUUUUUUUUUAUAUAAAGUAUUAAACUCCUCUUGCCCCUUGGUAAGAAACACAUCCUAUUUUUAUAAAAUUGUUUGGAAACCACCUGACUUCUUUCUCCAUUCCCCCCCCCCCCAAUCCAGCAAGGAAAAUUUGCCAGUUCUGUUGGCACAGAUGGUCACAUGUUAACAAUACUGACUGGUGGAAUGUCGCCUAUCUCUUCUCUGGCUGAAGCCCUACAGGCGGUAUGUAACAAAGUAAUAUCAAAUGAUGAAGUUUUAAAAUCUUUUAGUGCUGUGGUACACUCACAUUUAUUGGUUCAAUGUAAUUCAAAAUCUAGUCUUUGUGCAGCAGAUCUCUUCAGUGCAGUAAGCUUACUAAAGUAAAGAGUGAUCAGGAAGUAUUCUACUUCUUGGCAGCAAAAGCUGCUCUAUCCAAUGAAUUGUGAGAUAAACCCACUGAGGUCCACAUGUAUUUAUUUUGGUAGAGUUGAAAGGCGGGCCAUCUUUUAUUUUUGUUUCAAUUAAUAACCUAUAACUUGAUCAUACCCAAAAUGUUUCAUUGAGCAAUGAUUCUUGCCCUAUGUUUUUUUUUAAUUGUGUCACAUUUCUCUAUUAAAAUGUAAAGCUUAUUUACUAUGAUUAAAAGCUAGACCUGUCUGUCAAAACAGAAGGUUCUCUGACCUCACCACCUUCUUCUGCUCAUUCUCUGGGUGUUUCCCCAGUCAUCUUGGGUUCUUUUCCCAGAAAAGAUAACUGGGAAGGGGGAAGAACAGCUGUGAAUUUAGCUUUAUGAAAAGACAGGAAGCAGAACUACUCAGAAGGUUAGGUACACCCUGAUAUGCUUUGGCACACCUUGUUAAUGGUGCAAUCCAAAUCAGUAAUAAGACACCACCCCUAAUCACCUUGUUGUUCAGUUAGACCAGAGCCAGUGCAUACCCCUACUAUCUGGGAGAUGGAUAACUGGGUUUAGGUCCAUCUUAUUCAGGAAGCAUAUCAGCUGCCAAACAGGCUAAAGCUGGUGUGAGAUAACUUCCCAACCAUAAAUCCAGGUCAAUAAGUACCACAAACACACACAAGAUGCAUGCCUUCUGCUUCAGGAUUAUAGUUCCAUCCAGAAUGAUAAUCCUUUGUCAGAUCAUCAGAAUCUCUGACCUGCAAUGCCUGUUUUAAGCUUCAGUAUUCGGCUGCCUUUUGUUCAUAGCAACAUCUGUUUUGUUAACAAGAACAAAUCUCUUAACUUCUUGUGAAUUGGUUCACAUGAAGUGCCAAACAAUGGUUCUACUUCUUCCCCUCCCAUUCUUUGUUUAAUUAGUUCCUGGUUUGUGGCAAAGAAUGUGCUGUUGUGUCCAAACUGAAAGACUAGUUUGUGGUAGGCUUGUAUCCUAGAAUGGAAGUCAUGUGCAAACUGGAGUGUGCCUGUUGCAGCAAACCAGGAAAAAUCUAAACAGAAAGUCAGAUGUGAAAGGGAGAGCAUGUGAGCGCAGAGCUUGCUCUUAUAUCACCAAGCCAUAGUUUGGCAUAUAUGAAUGUCUUGCAUCUCCUUAAUGUUUACCUGCAGAAAUUGCCAUGUAUUUCAGAAAGGAUAACCAAAUACAUAGCUAAACUACUGAACUCAUGCAAGUAAAGCUGGAAAUCAUACAAUUUGGACUUGAUUUUGAGAUCAAGCAGCUUGCAAAUGUAUGCCUAUGUUAAAUUGGACUGUUGCUACCCAUCUGGCAAAUGUCUCCUCAGCCUUGCUGGGCCUGCUAAACAUUCAUUGAAUCUGUUCAUCAUAAGGUUGUUUCACAUUGUUUGCCUGUGACUUUUCUACUGGUUACCCAUUAUUAUUCUCCAGGGAGCAAUGCAACCCUAAAUCAUGUUCUCUUCUACAAAUUUCAAACAACACUAGUCAUUCUGUAGUCUUUUGCAGUGUUUCUGCUUCAGGUAGAUUGUUGUGCAGAUACAUGGGGCAGGUGAUUCAUUCACUAGCUUCCAAAGAGGGGGAAAAUUAUUAAAAUAAGGUCCCUUCCAACCAUGUGACUAUAUUUCAUAGUACUUUCAAAUAACUUAUUAAUUUAUUUUAAUUAGAGAACAAAAUAUACCUCUCAUAAGCUUUGUUUAAAUAAGACUAAUCUUUAAUAGAACAGUCCUUUUUCACAUAAUAAUUGUGUGCUUGGUGAACCACACUUCUGAGCAUCAAAUCUGAUGAGAGAAAAUAUUAAAUGACCACUAAGCAGAAGUAUGUUGAAUAAGAUCUCUCCUUCUCUCCCUUUACAGCUUAUUUUCCUGGGCUUUUUCCGCUUGCUUGCCCUGUAUUAUAUAGCAGGUUUUGACAGCAUAGUUCGUCGUUGCAUGGCAAAAAAAGAGAAAUCUGAAAAGACGGACUGA